UUACAUUUGCUUCAAUUACAAUGAAUUUGAUGAUGUUCCUUAUUUGCUGCUCUACAUUCUGCUUCUUCUCACUGCCGCAUCUUUCUUUGCCUGAAACUCUUUUCCCUCUCCCACUUUGUUCGAUCUGUCUAUGUAACUCUUAACUAAUGGACAGGAGAGGCAUCUCAGCUAAUUUUAUUUAAUUAUUUAGAAAUACCCAUUCUUUAAUUGCUAUUUGGAGCUGAUGGAAGUCAAAGACAGAAAUUCUGCUCCAUUGGCGUAUGGGGAACCUCCCUGGAUUUUUAAAGGCAGUGCUUUAUACCAGCUUCAUCUCGUCAAAGCAGAGACCGCUCGAGCUUUCAUUCCCAAAGAAUGCAGACUAGUUGAGGCAUUUGGGUAUACUCUUGGCGGUUUCUUUCUUGCUAGCUAUGAUGAUAGUCCUGCUGGAAUUUUCGACGAGCUCGUUGUGAUUGCAGGACUAGUAUGGAAUCCACCUACAUCUUGUGCAUGGGCUGCCAGGGUGCUGGUGGGCAGUGAUGAGGCAUGCCUUCAUGGACGGAAGGUUGUAGGUCUUCCAAGUCAAAUUGCCAGGUUUUCAAAGAAAAUUACAGCACUUCCACGGAUGAAAAGUAAAACGAGCAGUUUUCUAAGCACGAUUGGCUUGAGGACAUCUCCUUGUAGCUAUAGGAAUCACAUGGAUAUAGAAGUGAGGGAACUCAAGAAUCAGAAAGCAAUGAAUAUCUGUAGUAUCAACCUUAAUGUCACUGUUUCUCAGCAGGAUUCUAAGGGAUGGAUGGGUCCAUUAAUCAAAAUGUCACUCCCAAACUUCAGCGGACGGACAAAGUACAAUUCUAAUCUCCUCAAGUACUCUUGCCAGAUUGAGUGUAGGGUAAGAGCAGUGCGACCAGCAAAAGUCUCGGGACCAUCUGCAUUGGAUGCAGACGUGGAAGAUUCAUCUGAAUACCAGAGCUCGAAUGUGGAAUCAGUAGGCAGAGCGCCCAUAGGGACCAAGAGAAAUUUCAGCAUAUCCGUUUUGCUGUCCAAGCCUAUUUUGGCUUUAGAAUUUAAUCAUCUGAAAAUGAGAGUUGAAGCUCCUACUACAGUUAUCGCAUGCUCCCAGAAUACUAUUUGAUAAUCAAUGCCUAAUUAGAUGGCUGAUCUUAUUUAUGCGUGUACAUUUAUUAAAUAAAUCACUUUUGUUCA